AUGACGCUGCCCCCCCCGGCCCCCCGCGCCCCCCCCGGCCCCUUCCUGCACCCCAAGGGCAAGGUCCCGUCCGGCCCUUUGGGGCCUCCCCCCCUCCCCCCGGGGCUGCCCCUUGCCGGGGGGGGGGUCCCCGUGGGGGUCCCGGUGGCCGGGGGGGGGGUCCCGGGGGGCUCCGAGCUCUUCUCGUGCCCCGUCUGCCACAAGAGCUUCGGGUUCCAGCGGAUGCUGAACCGGCACCUCAAGUGCCACAGCGAGGUCAAGAGGCACCGCUGCCCCUACUGCGGGAAGGGAUUCAACGACACCUUCGACCUCAAGAGACACGUCCGCACCCACACCGGUGUCCGUCCCUACAAAUGCUCCCUGUGUGAGAAG